AUGGAUUCAUCCACCCUAUUGAGACUAGAAGAAUUCGAGAAAAACAAGAAGUACUAUGACGCCCUACAAUUUUACCGGACAAAAGUUACUCGUAGUUUCCGAUUAAAAUCAGCUAAUGAAGUGGCACUCGCCCUUGUAAAACACGCCUUGGAUUUCUUUUUCAGAGAAAAACAAUACCAAUGUGCAAUCGACAUAGCGACUCAAUACGCCGAAUGCCUUUCGAAGAACGAUGUUGAACUAGAAGCAUCGACUUUCGAGUUGCUCGCCGAGAGUGUAGCCAAGUUUGCAAACUUCGCUGAAAUUGAAAAUGUAGCUGGAAACACACAACAAGAACAAUUGCUCAGCACUGCUCGUUGCAGAUGUGUCGAUUUAGCAAUUCAGUGGACAAAGCAAAAAUCUACAAACCAGUACGAAAAGAAGUAUGGAUCUGCCGCUUUCCAUGCAUUACUUGCAAAAAAACUAGUUGCAGUCGAUCAUUUCGAUUUGGCCAAAAACCACUUCUUGCUUUCGGAUGACUCGAAAUCUUUCGCACUAUUCUUGCAUAACGAUUUUGAAAAGGCCCAUAACAGAGAAGCAGAGUCAGAUAUAAUUAUUGUCGAAACUGUUCUUCAGGUUAUCUGUCUCGACCGGUUCCCCUUUGCUGUGGCACUUUUUAAUGAAUAUGUGAAGCCAAACAAAUAUCCAUUCACUAAGCCUCUUCUCAAUUUCCAGCACAUACUAUUUGAUGUAAUUGAAACUGAGAAUCAGCAACAAUUCUCUGAGUUGACUACUAGUUAUCAGACGGAAUUAAAGCGUUCAUAUGCUUUAAUCGGAUAUUUAACCAAAAUUGGAAAGCUAUAUUUCGGACUUCGUGACAGCCAAUGCAUGAACGGUGGACUUGGAGGUCUUUUUUCAGGUCUUCUUGGAGCUCAAAAAGAAGGUGAAACUGCAACGUCUCACAUAACUGCCAGAACUCCGGCUCGCGAAAAACCUGCCUCCACUGCUCAGCCAACUUCUUUCAAUCCAUUUGGCGCAUUUCCACCGUCUACAGCUAAUAAUGCUAUUCCGAAAAAGAUUCAAAAAGUCGAGAUGGAAGAAGAUCUUGAUUAG